CGCCGCCAUCGCCAUCUUGGGGGGGCGGCCAGCUAGGCCCCUGGUCCGGGGAGGGGACACGUCAGUGCCGCCGGCGACGUCACAGGCCCUCCCGGCCCGCCGGCGCUUGAUUGGCUGCUGCAGCCGCUUACGCGUCGCGCUUCCUCGUCUGCUCCUCGUGUUCAGGGGAGUCGCUCUCUUUUUCCCUCGGCAGAGAAGAGGCGAUGGCGGCGCUGGCAUCUCUCGGCGCCCUGGCGCUACUCCUGCUGUCCGGCCUCUCCUGCUGCUCAGGAGAGGCCUGUGUGGAGCCCCAGAUCACCCCUUCUUACUAUACCACCUCGGAUGCCGUCAUUUCUACUGAGACUGUCUUCAUUGUGGAGAUCUCCCUGACUUGCAAGAACAGGGUCCAGAACAUGGCUCUUUAUGCUGACGUCAGUGGGAAACAAUUUCCUGUCACCCGGGGACAGGACGUGGGACGAUAUCAGGUGUCCUGGAGCCUAGACCACAAGAGCGCCCACGCGGGCACCUACGAGGUCAGAUUCUUUGACGAGGAGUCUUACAGCCUCCUGAGGAAGGCUCAGAGAAAUAACGAGGACAUUUCCGUCAUCCCGCCGCUGUUCACAGUCAGCGUGGACCAUCGGGGCACCUGGAACGGGCCCUGGGUCUCCACUGAGGUACUGGCCGCCGCCGUUGGCCUAGUGAUCUACUACCUGGCCUUCAGCGCCAAGAGCCACAUCCAGGCCUGAGGGUGGUACCCCCCACCCCCGCUGCUCCUUUCAAUAAACAGUUACCAGCUAUCCUAA